CCAGCGGCGUCCUCGUCGGAUGGAUCCAGCCAGCCGGUACCGAGUGUUGCACAACGAGGAUGACUCUCCGGAAGCUUCCACCAGCGACCAGCAGCCAUGCACAUCUGCCGCCGCUCGGGCCGCCGCCUCCAGACAGGACCAGAACCAGAGCCAGGGCGGGGCCGGCCCAACCCCUGACCCGGCAGCAGGGGAGGCUUCAGCCGCGGGGGCCCAGGGAGAAGCGGAGGCUCCGCCUCCUUACGCCUCCAUUGAACUCGGGGCAACCGCUGCUGCACCUGAGGGCAGUUUCCAAGGCGACUUCCCCGUGCCUCCACCCUACAGCGUCGCCACCUCUCUUCCCACAUACGACGAAGCCGAGAAGGCCAAAGCAGCCGCCAUGGCUAUUUCCACGGUGGACGUGAUGCCUCGGGACGACGACUUCCCUCCCAGGGAUGAUUUCAGCGACGCCGAUCAGCUGCGGGUCGGAAAUGACGGAAUCUUCAUGUUGGCCUUUUUUAUGGCUUUCCUGUUCAACUGGAUCGGCUUCUGUCUGUCCUUCUGUCUGACCAACACCAUCGCGGGACGCUACGGAGCCAUCUGCGGCUUCGGCCUCUCCCUCAUCAAGUGGAUUCUCAUCGUGAGGUUCUCGGACUACUUCACCGGCUACUUCAAUGGCCAGUACUGGCUCUGGUGGAUCUUCCUGCUGCUAGGCCUCCUGCUGUUCUUCAGGGGCUUUGUCAACUACCUUAAAGUGCGCAACAUGUCUGAGAACAUGGCCACCUCGCACAGAACACGCCUCUUCUUCCUCUACUGAAGGUCUCUUCACCACCAGCAUUCCUUCCCAAUGUGAAGUUCCUUCCCUCCCCCUCGAAUGACCUGACAAAGGAACCCAACAGCGAAGAGAGGAGACAGGGAAGGAAUGAAGGAAAGGAGUAGGGAGGAAGUGUUAGCCGUCUCUUUAUUUGCAUAACACAACUCACCCUUGUGUCAUCAGAACCAAAAACAUCUCUGACCCUCAGAUUUCUUCACUGCGCUUCUGUUUCUGAUAUUUAUUUUCCUUUGAUUCGAAACGCACCGCCCUCACCGGUCCAGCUUAUACGUUUCCCAAGAGGCAAACUUAGGAUGCUCUUAAACUCCAUCGAACAAACGAUCCGGGGGGAAGGGGGAAACCUCUGCGACUCCAGAGUCACGUCUGGGGUUUUAAAAUAGAAAUGUGGAGGAGGUGGAAGCCGUUUCCGAACCUUUUGAUAUUCAAAUCUCUCCUUCCAAGUUUGCCUCGCUUGUCUCUGGUUUCGUAGAUCUCACUGAACCCCCCACCCCCCUGGCCUCAUCUCAAAGUGGAUAGCUUUUCUUCUUUUCGAAGGUCAAACGAAGGUGGACUGCUCAGUUUACAUAUCACAGCCCCCGGAUCUUUCGGCUUGUUUCUAAAGCACGCGCUCAAGUCUCGCUGUUCUUGACCUUUCACGUGUUUUAUGGUACGCAAAACGGUGCCAAGCAAAACAGAAAAUGACCCACCGGAACAAAGCCCAUCUCAGAUUUCGAAACCCAUUGUGUGAAUCAAAGGAAAAAUAAACACAAAUGUUUCAAUAACGUGUCCAACAAAACCUGCUGGUGGAAAAACAGCCAGACAAACCAAAACCUCCUCAACUGUUCUGACCGUUCUUCCAAGCAAAAACCCAGCUCAACCUAAAGCAGAAGAAAACACCUGCUUUAUUAGUCAUUUUAGUCUUUAAACGUGCACUAACCUCUAGGUGCAAAGCAGUAUCUAAAAGCUACCGAGGAGCCAACGAGUGAAACCUCCAACGGAUGAAACGGUGUGUUCGAGCCGCAUGGGCUCGAGUAGAAACUACAUUUUAAAAUAAAAUCCUUGGAGUACAAGUCUUAUGCAAUUUACUUACGUGUAACAACCUGCAAUUGUUGUGGAUGUAAGUCCUGUGAUGAUGUAGUUAGAUAUGGUUUAAUCGCCCAGGCUGGAUCUCUGCCUGGGAUUUGAGCUUGUACGACUAGAUUAGGUUUCAAUAUUUAUUUUUCUGAGUGAGAACCUUGUGGUGAUGCAACCUUGCUCCUUCAACGUCGGCGGCGAUGGAGUCGGAGGGAACCGAAAUGGAGCCCGAGAAGUCGGCAAGCUUGUGUGGUUGAAACGGAGCCUAACUGGACAAGGAAAAAUAAAUAAAUAAAUAAAUAAAACUAUUUUUUUGUCAUUAGAAAAUGAAUUGUAUAUACGAGCUUCUGCCAAUUCAUAAUAUUUGCACUUUGAAGAACUUGUGUACAGUCUGAUUUGUGAAUCUGCUAAACUUGAUGUGGGGGUAGAAAAGAUGAAGGUUAUCUUAGCCAUCCAAGCUUUGUUUUUUUUGUUUUUUUUUAACUGGACUUCUUAAUCAUCCCAAAUGGAUAAUCUGCCUUUUGCACUUUUAUUUCUCAAUGACAGUGUUGUUGUUGUCUUGCUUCAUUGCUUUUAACCUAAACUGUGACAGCUUAAGUAUUGCCAAACCUUGGGGUUUUCUUCUUUUUUUUUUUUUUGUUUUCCUAUUUAAUCUGUUUGAUUUUGGUCAUAUCCCAACAAAGCCUCUUUCAGCAAUAUCAAGAUCUUUCAGUGAAUUAAAGCACUGCUGCAUGAUUCGCCCACCUCCAGGUUCGAGGGUGUGAUAAUGUUAGGAUUAUUCUAGUACAAAUACAUUUUUGUCUUUGUAAAUAAAUAAUUGCAGGGAGGGGGGAUAAAUAAAAACGGCAGCCAAACGGUUUUCUUUUCUUUUGUUUGUUAAUUCAAGAUGCGCCUCGUUCAUCUGAAGCAGUUUAUAUGCAUUUAUUGUAACUGGAAUUAAAAUGAAAUUCUUGCAAAAAAAAAAUGCUAAUAAAGUCAAAAAAGCCUGCCACUAA